AUAGCCAAAUUAAUGGAAGACUUUACUUUGGAACCCUUACUGGCUGAUAUUGGCGACCAAAUUGACCCAUAUCAGUUCGCGAUGAAAAGCCGUUCUACAACAAAAGCAUUAGUCUUUUUACUACAUAAUGUCCUGGAGAUCCUUGACCGAGGUGGUUCCUCGGCUCGCGUAUUUUUCGCUGACUUUAGUGAAGGUUUCUAUUUAGUUGAUCACACUGUCUUAAUUGCUGAAUGA